AUGUCUUCGUCAAGGCCUAUUUCCAGCUCUUCCAGCAGGAACAGCCAGAGCUCCCGGGCAAGGGUAUUAGCAAAAACAGAACUUGGUGCUGAGCUCAACGCUGCAUAUGAAGAAUCUGGUGAAUACUUCGACUAUUCCAAGAUGGUUGAAGGCCAGCGGACCGCUCCACCUGUGCAGCCUGGGCGGCCGGAGAGGGUCAUAGCCUACUUGCAGCACAUUCAGAAUGGAAAGAUGAUCCAACCAUUUGGUUGCUUGUUGGUCCUUGAUGAGAAGAGCUUCAGUGUUAUCGCGUUCAGUGAGAACGCGCCAGAAAUGCUAACAACGGUCAGCCAUGAAGAACCCAGUGUUGAUGAUCCCCCAAGGCUAGUUAUUGGUACAAAUCUACGGUCUCUUUUCACUGACCAAGGUGCCACGGAACUGCAUAGGGCACUAGGGUUUGCUGAUGUUUCUUUGCUCAACCCUGUCUCAGUUCAAUGCCAGACCUCAGGAAAGCGUUUCUAUGCCAUUGCUCAUCGAGCAACUGGUUGUUUGGUGGUAGACUUUGAGCCUGUAAAGUCUAUAGAAUUUCCUGGCACUGUUGUUGGGGAUUUGCAGUCUUACAAGCUUGCUGCCAAGGCAAUCUCCAAAAUCCAGUCACUGCCAGGUGGAAGCAUGAAAGUGCUAUGCAAUACUGUGGUUAAGGAAAUCUUUGAUCUUACAGGAUAUGAUAGGGUUAUGGCUUAUAAGUUUCAUGAAGAUGAGCAUGGCGAGGUAUUUGCCGAGAUCACAAAGUCUGGUCUUGAGACUUAUCUAGGUCUGCACUAUCCAGCCACGGAUAUCCCUCAAGUAUCCAUGUUUCUUUUCAUGAAUAACAGGGUAAGGAUGAUUUGUGAUUGCCAUGCGAGAUCCAUAAAGGUCAUCGAAGAUGAGGCACUCCCCUUUGAUAUUAGCUUGUUGGAUUCAACACUCAGGGCCUCACACGGUUGUCACGUUCAGUAUAUGGAGAACAUGAGCUCGAUUGCAUGCCUUGUCAUGGCUGUUGUGGUUAAUGAUAAUGAAGAGGAUGAUGAAAUCGAUUCUGAACAACCAGCACAACAACAGCAGCAGCAGAAGAAGAAACUAUGGGGCCUCCUUGUUUGCCACCAUGAGAGCCCCAGGUAUGUCCCUUUGCCGCUGCGUUAUGCUUGUGAGUUCGUAGCACAUGUGUUUUCUGUCCAUGUCAACAACGAGUUUGAAUUAGAGGAAAAGUUGCACGAGAAGAGGAUACUGAGGGUGCAAACAGUUCUCUAUGAGAUGCUGUUCAGAGAAGCCUCUCCCCUGACUAUAGUAUCAGGGACACCCAAUAUCAUGGACCUGGUCAACUGUGAUGGUGCUGCUCUUUUGUAUGGGGGCAAAGUAUGGCGCCUGUGUAAUGCUCCAACUGAGUCUCAGAUACGUGAUAUUUCUUUAUGGCUGUCAGAAGUUCACAGGGAUUCCACUGGCCUGUGUACAGAGAGCCUCCAUGAUGCUGGCUAUCCAGGAGCUUCUGCCCUCUGUGAUAGGAUUUGUGGAAUGGCAGUGGCUAAGAUCAACUCAAAGGAUGCCCUUUUUUGGUUCAGGUCAUGUACAGCUGAUGUGAUCAGAUGGGGAGGUGCAAACAAUGAUCCGUCGGGCAUGGAUGGCAGCAGAAAGUUGCAGCCUAGGUUGUCUUUCAAAGCAUUCCUUGAAGUUGCCAAGAUGAAGAGUUUGUCUUGGACUGAUUAUGAGAUGGAUGCUAUUCAUUCGUUGCAACUUAUACUUCGAGGGAUGUUCAAUGAUACCAUCAAGCCAACCUGGGAAGCUAAUUUAGAUAACCAGAUUGCUGAUCUGAAACAUGAUGGGCUUGCCGAAUAAAUAACCAGUGAAAUGUUUCGUCUAAUGGAAACAGCAACCGUUCCAAUCUUGGCAAUAGAUGGCAAUGGACUUGUCAAUGGGUGGAAUCAGAAAGCAGCGGAAUUGACAGGGCUAAGAGCUGAUGAUUAUACAAGAAGACACAUACUUACCCUUGUGGAGGAAUCUUCUAUACGGGCAUCCACAAUGGAACUAGUUCCAAAACCUAAAAGGUAA